AUGGCGACAGCGGUGCCAGCAACCCGCCGUCGCGAUGCCUUCUGGAACGAGAACGAUUCCUUCCGGAUCCACGAGGACGCGCCGUCUACGGAAGACACGGAGAUGAACGAAGAGGCGCAUCAAGAAGAGGACGACGAGGACGAGACGGCCGAGCAAGAAACUGAGUCGCUUGCAGAAGAGGCCCAGGAAUCCGAGGAAUCAGAGAGCUCAGAGGACGAGGCCGCGUCGAGCAACCAGGUCCAGUACGACAUGGAGAAGUUGCAAGAUGCCUUUCCGGGUUUCCGGCAAAAGUACCGGUUGAUAAAGCGAAUUGGCGAAGGCACCUUUUCCACCGUAUACAAGGCCCAGGAUCUCGCUUACGACAAAUAUGACAACUCGUGGGAUCUGGACAGGGACAACUACGACAGGUGGGCGGUCCCGCCGAUUUUCGGUGGCGGAGGUCUUCGGAAGCCGACAUAUGUCGCGAUCAAGAAGAUAUAUGUCACGUCGUCGCCUAAUCGUAUCCUCAACGAACUCGAACUCCUACAUGAUCUACGGGGCUGCGAUUCGGUUUGUCCGCUCAUCACUGCCUUCCGUUCGACAGAUCAGGUCGUUGCUAUUCUCCCUUACUUUCGGCACGCCGACUUCCGGGACUAUUUCCGCCAGAUGACGAUACCGGAUAUGGCGAUUUACUUCCGGUCCUUAUUCUCUGCCCUAGCGAGUGUGCACGCCCAUCACAUUCUCCACCGAGAUAUCAAACCCACCAACUUCCUUUACGACCCAAGCUCGCGGCGGGGCGUACUGGUUGACUUUGGCCUGGCGGAACGGGAAGGCUAUGACAGUAAACCAUGCCUUUGCCACGAUGACCCCGCGACACGAAAAGCGAAGCUCAAGCCGUUGAUCAAGCCGGAGCUAAAGAAGGCAUAUCCGAAGGAAGAUACCCGGCCGUCGCGCCGGGCGAACCGCGCUGGCACGCGUGGCUUUCGAGCCCCCGAGGUUUUGUUCAAGUGCACCGAGCAAAGCACCAAGAUCGACGUUUGGAGCGUCGGUGUGAUUCUCUUGACGAUCCUGUCCCGUCGGUUCCCCUUCUUCAAUUCGGCCGACGAUGUUGAGGCUAUGAUUGAGAUCGCCACCAUCUUUGGGCGCCAGAGGAUGCAGCACGCGGCAUUGUUGCACGGGUGCAUGUUUGAGACCAACAUCCCAUCACUCGGCAGGUCCGGGUACAGCUUCGAGGGAAUCAUUUUGUGGAGCACCAGUCGGGGUGAUUCGAAGGACAAUCUCAGCAGUGAGGAGAAACUGGCGAUCGAGUUUCUUUCCCGCUGCAUGGAACUUGACCCAAGCAAGCGGAUUAGUGCCAAAGAGGCGCUGCAGCAUGACUUUUUGCGCCUGGGACUCGACGAGACGUCGUCUGUGGGAGAGCCUAGCGAGGCAGGCGAUGAUGAUGAGAUGGACAUGCUGAAAGCUUAG